UCACGUGGCUGCUGGUCACCACCGCCACCCUCUCCCGCCCUGUUCUCUUUCAGGUCGGGCCGGCCCGGCCGGUUCCGCCAGCGCCCAGCAGACUGAGGGAGAGAGAGAGAAAGAGGAGGGGAGGAGGAGGAGGAGGAGGAUUCAGGGAGUAGGAGCUGGGGAGCCCUGCUGCGCCACAGACAAUUUUUGAAGACUUGGGGAAGAAAGGAAAGCUGUCAGAAAGGCUGCAAUAUCGUUAUAUUAAAGGCCUAUUAUAACCGGUAACAAAAGAAAGAACUAUCUGCAUAUUCUCCCUGAAGUUUGUCACUGUAUGAAGCACUUCCCAAAAUACUUACCACUAUACCAAUAAGGCUUAUGGAUUGGCUCUGAGGGCUAAUACAAAAGAUGUAAAGUCAUCAUCUUUUCUUACAGCUGAAUAUUGAAAAGAAGAAAAAUUUGUAUCAAUACCAUCAACAUCUAGCUCAAUGUGCAUACGGACCACAAUCAUGAAUGUAAAGGGAAGAACACUGGAAUUGUUUCCAGACUGCUGUAUAAUUUGCAUAGAAGGCUGAGAAUGAGUAUUGGAAAUGAAGGUUUUGAAUUCAUGGCAGAAAGAUCUUAUCCUGGAUUUAUCCUGGAAAUACUGAAAAUAGUGCUAUUUAGGAGAAAAUUUCUCAAGGGGUACUGGAGCACUUGCAAAUUUUAGGUUUCCAUCAACAAACCCUAGAUGGCCUGGGCCGGGUAUGAACCGAUCAACCUUGGAGCAUGUGGCCGGCGCCCUAACCACUGAGCUAUGGGUAUCCAACCAAUUUGUUAAUGCUGUGUUUCUACCAUCUCAGUUGAAGGAGAACUUAGCUGGUCUCUAUUUCUUGAUUUUCUUCAAUUCUUACUUGCCUACCCAGAGUUAUAUUUGGAGAACUCUGUCGUACUGACUCUGAUGUCAUCUUUGACCUAUAACAAGAACAUGCAUUUUCAAGUGUCAACUGGAUUUGUGGACCAGUAAAAUUCUCCCUGAAAGUAAUACCCCAUUUCCCUGAAAAUAAGACAUCCUCCGAAAAUAAGACCUACUUACAGGAAAGGUAGUUACUUUUGGUGACAUUGUCCGUUCCCACCAUGUAUCAUUCCUUAUCUGAAACUAGACAUCCUCUGCAGCCUGAAGAACAAGAAGUAGGCAUUGACCCUUUGUCCAGUUACUCUAACAAGUCUGCAGGAGAUUCAAAUAAAAAUGGAAGACAAACAAGUUCUACUUUAGACUCUGAGGGGACUUUUAAUUCGUAUAGGAAAGAAUGGGAAGAACUAUUUGUAAACAACAAUUACUUGGCAACAAUAAGGCAGAAGGGGAUUAAUGGGCAGCUGAGAAGCAGCAGGUUCCGCAGCAUUUGCUGGAAGCUAUUUCUUUGUGUUAUUCCUCAAGAUAAAAGUCAAUGGAUAAGUAGAAUUAAAGAGUUAAGAGCAUGGUAUUGCAACAUUAAAGAAAUACAUAUUACAAAUCCAAGGAAGGUUGUUGGCCAGCAAGAUUUGAUGAUCAAUAAUCCCCUUUCACAGGAUGAAGGGAGUCUUUGGAAUAAAUUCUUCCAAGAUAAAGAACUUCGAUCAAUGAUUGAACAAGAUGUUAAAAGAACGUUUCCUGAAAUGCAGUUUUUUCAACAAGAAAAUGUGAGAAAAAUUCUUACAGAUGUUCUUUUCUGUUAUGCUAGAGAAAACGAGCAGUUGCUUUAUAAACAGGGCAUGCAUGAGCUGUUAGCACCUAUAGUCUUUAUCCUUCACUGUGACCACCAAGCUUUCCUACAUGCCAGUGAGUCUGCACAGCCCAGUGAGGAAAUGAAAACCCUGUUGGACCCUGAGUAUCUGGAACAUGAUGCCUAUGCGAUGUUCUCACAACUUAUGGAAACUGCUGAACCUUGGUUUUCAACUUUUGAGCAUGAUGGUCAAAAGGGGAAAGAAACACUGAUGACUCCUAUCCCCUUUGCUAGGCCACAGGAUUUAGGGCCAACAAUUGCUAUUGUUACUAAAGUCAACCAGAUCCAAGAUCAUUUACUGAAGAAGCAUGAUAUUGAGCUUUACAUGCACUUGAACAGACUAGAAAUUGCACCACAGAUAUAUGGGUUACGAUGGGUACGGCUGCUGUUUGGACGAGAGUUCCCCCUUCAGGAUCUUCUGGUGGUCUGGGAUGCCUUGUUUGCAGAUGGCCUCAGCCUGAGUUUAGUGGAUUAUAUCUUCAUAGCCAUGUUACUUUACAUCCGAGAUGCUUUGAUAUCUAGUAACUACCAGACCUGUCUCGGCCUUCUGAUGCAUUACCCACUCAUCGGGGAUGUACACUCACUGAUUCUUAAGGCUCUGUUCCUUAGAGACCCAAAGAGAAAUCCAAGGCCAGUGACUUACCAGUUUCAUCCAAAUUUAGAUUAUUACAAAGCAAGGGGAGCAGACUUAAUGAACAAAAGCCGGACCAAUGCUAAAGGUGCUCCUCUGAAUAUAAAUAAGGUCUCUAAUAGCCUGAUUAAUUUUGGAAGAAAGUUGAUUUCCCCAGCGAUGGCCCCAGGAACCGUGAGUGGUCCUGUACCAGCAGUCCAAAGUGGUAGUGCCUCCUCUGCUGUAAUUCCCACCAGGACUUCAACAGAGGCCCCAAGGCAUCACCUGCAACAGCAGCAGCAGCAGCAGCAGCAGCAGCAGCAACAGCAGAGGCUGAUGAAAUCGGAAAGCAUGCCAGUGCAAUUGAACAAAGGCGAUAUAGUUACAGGAAACGAUGCUCAGGUUUCUGCUCCUGUCCAGACGCUAACUGACCUCCAAGGGCAAAGUUCUAAAAACAUCAGUUCAUCUCCAAGCAUUGAGAGUUUGCCUGGAGGAAGAGAAUUCACUGGCUCCCCACCUACAUCUGCUACUAAAAAAGAUUCCUUUUUUAGCAACAUCUCCCGUUCUCGCUCACACAGCAAAACUAUGGGCAGAAAAGAAUCUGAAGAAGAAUUAGAAGCACAAAUUUCUUUCCUUCAAGGACAGUUGAAUGACCUGGAUGCUAUGUGCAAAUACUGUGCAAAGGCAAUGGACACCCAUCUUGUAAAUAUUCAAGAUGUGAUACUACAAGAAAAUUUGGAAAAAGAAGAUCAAAUCCUGGUUUCCCUGGCAGGAUUAAAACAGAUCAAAGACAUUCUAAAAGGUUCCCUGCGUUUUAACCAGAGCCAAUUAGAGGCCGAGGAGAACGAGCAGAUCACCAUUGCAGACAACCACUAUUGCUCCAGCGGCCAGGGCCAAAGUGACCAAGGGCCUGAAGCCACCAAACAGGCCUCUUCAGACACCCCCGUGUGUGCAGACAGAGGGAGUUCAGACGACUUCAUCCUGGUUUCCAAAGAUGAUGGGGGCAGCGCCAGAGGGCCCUUUCUGGGCCAGGCCCAGCCUCUUCGCACCCUCAGAAGCAUGUCUGGAAGAUGCCAGGCCCCAGUCUGCUCCCCCCUUGUGUUCUCAGACCCACUGAUGGGCCCAGCCUCAGCUUCCUCCAGCAACCCCAGCUCUAGCCCUGACGACGACAGCAGCAAGGACUCCGGCUUCACCAUCGUGAGCCCUCUGGACAUCUGACCGCUGCACCCAGUCCUGCCUCACAGGGAUUCAGCCACUCCCUCAGUGACCCAAGACCAGGCUGAGGCUCCCUCUGUGGAGACUGAUCUAAACUGAUGCUUCUUUCCCAGCAUGUAUUUGGCACUGGUACAGCCCUUUGGAACCCUUUAGAGAGAAGCAAAUAUGGCCAUAAAGCACACAGACUUACCUUCACCAAAAUGUAGACAGGGCUCUCUAGGCCCUUACCUAACCCUCACCCCACCCUUUCUCUGAGUUAGAGCCGGGCAAAGGACCCAGUAUCACACUCACGGUCCAAAAAGACCCAGCCACAAUUAGAACUGCUUUUCCUCUGUCACCUUCUCCCCAACUAAGAAGGUAGGACAACUCCAUUGAUUAUAUUUAGAAGAAAGAGCAAAGCAUCAGGCAUAGGAAUAUUGGUUGAUAUCAAAAACUUCCUCAGUGGGAAUCUGUGUCUCAGCCUACUUGAUUCCUACUCUGAGAAAUCAUAUAGCACAGCCAAAUGCAAUAGAACUAGACCCAGUGGAUUCCAGGGCUGGAAAAAAUCAUUACUGACCUCUCAAACUUAUAUUGAUCUUUAGAAAUGGUCUAAAUUUAGGAAACACAUCAAGGCAAGGUGUGAUGUGGUAUUAGAUUUUUUUUAACUUAAGAAUGUGUUUCCAAUCCUCAGGCUGAAUUGACUUUGGCCAUCCCUUAAACAAUUGUAUUUGACCUUUUAGAAUCGUUCACAGCCAGAAAACAUGGUCACUUUAAACCAGUCUUUGCUGCACUGAUUUCAGAAAUUAUAAGAAUAUUUCUAUUAGCCGGGUACAGUGGCUCACGCCUAUAAUCCUAGCACUCGGGGAGGCCGAGGCAGGUAGAUUGCCUAUACUCACAGGUUUAAGACCAGACUGAGCUAGAGCAAGACCCCGUCUCUAAAAAUAGCUGGGCGUUGUGAUGGGCACAUGUAGUCCCAGCUACUUGGGAGGCUGAGGCAAGGGAAUCACUUGAGCCCAGGAGUUUGAGGUUGCUGUGAGCUAUGACGCCAUAGCACUCUAUCGAGAGCAACAAAGUGAGACUCUUGUCUCAAAAAAAAAAAAAAAAAGAAUAUUACUAUCUACUAUCCUUGAGUUCUAAACUAUGACUAUGUCUUUAUAGAAUAAAUAUCUUUCAGACAGUAAAUUUUCUGGUUAAGAAACAUACCCGUACAUACCUAUCAACUGAGGACUAAAGGGAAAACCCAAGUCAUUCCCAUCCAGAGCCAGAAUGGUCCCUUCUUUGGGAACAAGGAUUCCUAGAGAACAUUCCAGAUGCCGGGAGGAUGCAGGAUGCGUACAUGACCCCUUCCCUUGCUGGGAGCCAAGCAUGGAAGCUGCAGGGCCUGUGCUCAGCUAUGAACUCUGCAUCCUCGGCACCACUGCCAGGCCCAAGUCUGACAUGCCAGAGCUUUGAGCCUUUGUACACAUUAGAGACUCUCCCCUACCCCCCACACUCCACCCAACAGUUGGAAGCUUAGGAAACUGGGAUGGGCACAAAGCAUCACAUGAAUUGUUUCUCUCCUUAAAGGAGGAGCUCGCUGGAAAGGACACUUUCCUCACCUUCACCUCGGCAGGGAUUCCAGCAGAAAUGGGUGGGGACUGCAAACAGACACAACACCCGCUUCCCUUCAGUUAGAGCAGCCCCUGCUGGGGACGACUGGCUCUUCGGGCCUCUCUCUCCUCGGAGGAUGGCAAGGCUCUAACAGUGGAAGCCUUCAGGAUAACAAAUGAAAGUCUGAAGAACAGAUGCCAUUUCCAUCCUUCCCACGGCUAAGCAGGCAUCUCUAUAGACAAAUGGGAAACUGACAUGAUUUCCCACUGGUUCUCCAAGAAAAUGGUGAUGACUCUUGAGCCAACGACUACAGAGAGAGUUUGAAUUAGCUCUGCAAUUUGUCCUUAAACUCUAGCACAGAAAUCACCUCUUACCACCUCAGUGUGUAGGGGUGAAUGAUACCCCUGGCUUUGCCAGAUAACAGUGUUGUCUGGCGCUCCGGGAUUAGGCGCUUGCUCUGCAGAUGCUCUGCUCAGCUCUCCGGCUCCUGACUGAGCUGUCCUCCUAGCACCUGCGAGUGCCCUUGUAACUGUCCAGGGGUUGCCAGUGGAUACUUUCUCACGAAGGACUUGGCUUGGGAAGGUGCUGGAGUGUGGAGUUGUUCCCCCUCAGGGCUCUGGGACAGAAAGGACCAUAGAACUGGCUACCUUUUGGCAGCAGGGCCACUGUCACCUCCAGCAUUGCCUUUUCUCUGAAAGGCAGAGUCAUGAUAACUGAGUGUCACUAGCCACACAAGAGUCCUGGGCACCCGCCCUGCCAGUCGGGCUCUUGGCUAGUUCCCUGUCAGUAGCCGGUGUUCAGCAGGCCCUGGAUAUUCCUAGCCCCGCCCACACACGAGGGGCAGGUCCUCUCCAUCUGCCCUGGGUUAGCGCCAUGUGAGGACCAGUGGGUUCACUCGGAGGUAUUGUUUCUGUGGACACAGGCAAUACCAGCCUCAGUUCCCGGGGUUCACACUCAGAGAAUCCUGUUACUGUCCUGUUUUUUCUAAGUGACUUUUUUUAUUCAUAGUUGCAUUGUUUUCAUUUUUAUUAGUUAGAGUGCUAUUAAAGAAUAUGUGUUCCUUUUUAUUUUAUCAGGUACUUACGUUUAAGUGCACAUUUUUAAAAUCUUGACUAUAUGCAACCUUUUAGUUUUUCCUUAACAUGUGGUAAUCAGUGAAAUCCCUCUUGUGUUUUGAUUAUAGCAAUUAAGUACAUUUUAUAUUAGGUAAACCUUAGAUUAAUUCCCAUUGUCAUCUACUUUUUUUAUACAUGCCCCUGUUUCAAGCAUCCGUCUCUGAUCAUAUGGGAAAUUUGAGUUAAAAUUUCUCUCUGUACAUUACACAUAAGUGUUACAGACUAGAAAAAGGAAGACAUAAUUCGCCUUACCUUGUGUGUGUGCCAAGUGGUCAUACAACACUUUAAAUAUUUAAUUAUACUGGAUUAUUCUUCCAAAGAGCACCUCCUGCUAAUGUUCAAAGGUAACUGCAAUCUGAAAAGAAAUAAUAUCACAGCAGAAUGAAUGUGACUCUAAAAAUAAUCCAAGACCUCCCUGGGAUUUGCCUUCUCCGCCUAAGUCUGAGUUUAAUCUCUCAACUGUCAGUCCUCAGGCAGCACUAAGGAAGCUGCCGUGGGGGUCUGGCUGCCUGCCCUUAACAGGAAUGCUGCCUUUACUUUGUCAGACGCCGAACAAAUAUAAAACUCUGAUAGUUAAUGCUGUCUCCUAAUGAGAACCUGUCAUAGUUGAUCCAAAUUUAUUAUUUCAUUUUUAUUUUAUUGUUUUUAAGAAACUGCCUCAGAGUUCAUUGCAGAACAAGAGUGUAUCUGGAGGACAUGCUGAGUGGCCGUCCUGUGGAGCCAUGGCUAGUUCCAUCCCUCCUUCCCUGCCCCCAUGGGUCCAGAGCAGGUGCACUGGGGGGACCGAGGAGCAGGGAGAGGGAGUCAGAUGGAUUAAGGAGAGCACCUGGAAAGCCAGGCUUCCUUCUCGAAGGCCAGACUGCUGCCUCAGUGUUACUUUGAAAAGCCCUCUUUUUAUAGUGUUGAAAAGAAAUAUAAAGUUCAGCUAAGCAGACUUGAGACCACUUUGACGUAAAAGCUGUCAUCAGAGUUUUUCUUACAAUGGCACGAUUGGUUUGAUGGAUGGAAUACGCAGUUAUGUCAUUUAUAUCCUAUUGCUUUUUUCUCAUCCAUCUUUAUGAUGUAACUCACAUUGAUUUAAGAAAUGAUGUAUCCUUUUGGCAAAGUGAUCCCAUUCAAUAUGGUUAUAAUAAAAGACUAAUGU